CGGGGGCCCACACACCCACGCAGGCACUCCAAGCUUCUGGGCACUCUGAGGCGCAGGCCAGUCCGGGUCAAACCAGGACCUUUCCUGUCCUGUGAGACCCAAGGAAGACAAUGAACGAGGUGAAAGAGACCCUCCGAAGCAUUGAGCAGAAGUACAAGAUCUUCCAGCAGCAACAGUUCACCUUCAUUGCAGCUCUAGAGCACUGCAGGGAGAAUGCUCACGACAAAAUCCGACCCAUCUCCAGCAUUGGACAGGUGCAGAGCUACAUGGAACACUACUGCAACAACUCGACAGACCGGAGAAUCCUGCUCAUGUUCCUGGACAUCUGCUCAGAGCUCAACAAGCUCUGCCAGCAUUUUGAGGCCCUGCACUCCGGCACCCCUGUCACCAACGGCCUUCUCGAGAAAUGCAAAACCCUGGUUAGCCAAAGCAAUGACUUGAGCAGCCUAAGAGCAAAGUACCCACAUGAUGUAGUAAACCACCUCAGCUGUGAUGAGGCCAGGAACCACUACGGAGGCGUGGUCAGCCUCAUCCCUAUAGUCCUGGACUUAAUGAAAGAGUGGAUUGCUCAUUCCGAGAAGUUGCCUCGCAAAGUGCUGCAGCAUGUGAGUGAGGUCCUGGGUAGCCAGGGAGCCGCAGGAGCCACUACCAGACCUGCCCAGACCACGGUUACCCAGCACUGGUUAGGAAAACACAAGUAUAGGCAGCUUGAAAAUGAGAGCCUCAAAUCUAGGGAGAAAGACAAAGGCUCCCCGAAGCCUCCCUGGAAACCACCUGGUGGGAAACUGUAACUUACUGUCAACUUACUUGGCUUCCACGGGUCAUCCAUUCUUACUGGGGGCCAAUACACAAUUGAGAAUCUC